AUGGCUGUAAACAUCCCAGGAGUGAUAACAAUGGUAUUUUUCUACCUGCUGGUCCUUGGAACUGGCAUAUGGGCUUCAUUCAAGUCCAAAAAGGAACAGAAAAAGAGCACAGGUACCAAAAUGGAAAUGGCUCUGCUGGGGAACCGAAGCCUUAAUCUGGUAGUGGGGAUCUUUACUAUGACAGCUACAUGUAUCGGUGGAAGCUUCAUUGUUGGCACAAGUGAGAUGGUGUACACACCUUCUUUUGGACUAAUCUGGGCCAUCAUUUUGUUUUCUGCAUAUGGAGCAUCUUAUAUUUUUGGUGGCUUCGUAUUCGCGAAACGUAUGAGAGCUCGAAAAUAUGUGACCAUGUUGGACCCUUUUCAUAUCAAGUAUGGAAAAACAGUUACAGCCCUUCAGGCCCUGUCUUCACUUACAGUUGAUGUUACCUGGUUUCCUUCAACACUGAUGGGUUUAGGUGCAACUAUAAGUGUGAUUUUGGAUUUGCCCUAUACUGUGUGUAUCUGGAUCUCUGCUGCUGUGGUUAUCAUCUACACACUAGUGGGAGGUCUCUACUCUGUGGCCUACACGGAUGUGUUACAGCUCAUCCUCGUAUUCAUCAGCUUGUGGAUCUGUGUCCCUUUUGUCCUGAUGAGCCCCUACUCCUUAGACAUCACUCAGACGGCCCUGAACAACACCUUACAUGGUCCCUGGUUAGGUAAACUAGAACCGCACAUGAUUUGGAGGGCGAUGGAUUAUUUCUUAUUUUUGGGAUGCGGGAACCUGGGAUAUCAAGCCUACCACCAGAGAACCUUGUCUGCUUCUUCAUCAGCGGCAGCUCAGACCACAUCUUUUGCAGCUACUUUCUGUAUGUUUGUAUUUGGGACUCCAUCUUUACUGAUCGGGGCAGUGGCAGCAUCCACAGAUUGGAACCUGACCUCCUAUGGUUCUCCAUCUCCAUACGAACGGGGGGAAGCAGCUCUAAUCCUGCCCAUAGCCCUGCAAUACCUCACUCCAUCCUAUGUCUCCAUCUUUGGUAUUGGAGCCAUUGCUGCUGCCGUUAUGUCCUCAGCUGACUCUGCUUUACUGUCUGCAUCCACUAUUUUCACCUCCAACAUCUACAAAGACAUCCUGCGACCUCAGGCAUCCCAGAGGGAAAUCCAGUGGGUGAUGCGUGCCUCUGUAGUGGUAGUAGGCUUGGUUGGUAUGUCAUUCAGCGGCUUGAAAAACAGCAUUAUAGUGAUCUGGUUCCUUGGUACAGAGGUGGCCUACAUCUUAAUCUUCCCUCAGCUCAUCUGUGUCCUCUACUUCAACAUCUGCAACAGUUACGGAGCUAUUAUUGGCUGGGUGAUUGGGUUGGUCAUUAGACUGCUGAGCGGGGAUCCGACACUGGGACUACCAGUAAUCCUCCACUUCCCUGGAUGCACUCUUGAGGAUGGCGUUUAUGUCCAGUACUCUCCAGUUAAGACCAUCUCCAUGUUGUCUUCCAUGGCUGCCACCGUGUUCUUCUCCUACCUGGCAUCUCUGCUCUUCAACAAAGGUCUGCUACCAGAGAAGUUGGACGUGUUCAAAGUGAAAGCCCAGCACUCACCACAACCACCAAUGGCAUCACUGGCAGCAGACGGUGCCAAAAAGUGCCAUGAGCUUGAUCGAGAUGUCUCAGACCCAAUGAUUAGCACCACGUGUUAA